AUGAGUGGGGUCGAGCAGCAGCCAGGUGUGAUCAAGCGGUGCAUCAGGAGGGGCAAGACUACGGCAGCCACUCAGUUGGAGCUGGAUUGGCUGAAUUCCAUCAUCGAGAGCUUGAAUUUCCAUUAUACGCUGCACUGGGGUCGGACACCACAAGGCCCGCCUUCAGCCGUGCAGGACCUGGCGUUGUCCAACCUUCUUUUCGAGGUUCGCGUGUUCCUGGAUCAAUGCCGCGGCCUGGUUCCGGAGCUGGACUGGGGGCAGGAGCUGGUCAGCGCCGCCGCGGCGUACGACGGCGAGGAGAUCUACCCCGCGGAGCCGCUGGAGUUCGCCCGGUUGGAGGCCUGCUGCGCCGUCGCCGCCGCGGACGGCACAGAGGGGUGGCUCAGGCAGGCGCUCCUCGAUCCGCGAAUCGUGCUGAAGGGCCCCUCGGAGAUCGGGGAGCUCCUUCCCACGCCCAAGGUGUGGGCCUCCGACGAGGAGUGGGAGGUCAUCGCGGGCGAGCUGCUGCAGCGCGGCAUCUUGAAGCCGAUCGAGUACGCCAACAUUGCGGAGGUGAACGGACGCAAGGUCUUGGGGAGCAUCUUCGGCGUGCGCCGGAGUGGGCGCCAGCGAGGAUCAGGUCCGCAGCGAUUGGUGAUGAAUAUCAUCCCGUCGAACGCCCUCCAGCGGCCGAUCGAAGGGGAAAUGCCUGUCCUCCCCCAAAGCGACAAGUGGAAGACGCUGAAAUUGAGGUCAGGGGAGGUCUUGCUUUGGAGCUCGGAUGACCUGAAGUGCCGUUUCUACGUGUACGGCCUCGGCGAGGCUUGGUUGCCAUACAUGGCCAUCUGCAAGCCAGUCCGCCGCGCCACGGCUGGCCUGGCGGGCUCGGGCGUCGUCUACGUCUCCUCGGCCGUGGUGCCGAUGGGGUCGGCCCCUCAGCCGCGCGACGUGGGCUUCGAGCCAGUGCGCGGCUGGGUCGACGAGGAGGCCGCCGACGGGGGGCCCGUGGUCUACAUCGGGCGCGGCUGGCGCCGCCGCGGCCUGGCCCCGUCGCGAUGGGGCGAACCCUACCGCGUGGGCCCGCAGCGGAGCCGUCACCAGGCCGUGGCCGAGUUCGCCCGCUACCUGGAUGAGGAGCCGUCGCUGCUGGCGGAGCUUGACUCUUUGAGCGGCACGAGUCUGGCCUGCCACUGUCGCCCGUCUCAGGUGUGCCACGGCGACGCCAUCAUCAAGAAGUGGCGAUGGCGGUUCUUGGAGCCUGCCGUCUGGCGGGCCUCGCAGGUCUUCAUCGACAACCUCGACGUGCUGGGGGUGGCCGAGUGGUGGCGCGCCGUGCAGCUGAAGCGGGGGGGCCUCGGCGAUGCGGCCCCCCUCGCCCGCGCCCGCUACGAGGCGCAGGGCGUGCCCCGCAGCGAGGCCAAGUCGGUGGUGCGGGAGUUGCAGACGGUCUCCCUCGGCGAGGCCAUCGACGGGGAGCUCGGCGCCAUCGGGCCCCCGAAGGAGUUUGUGCUGCGGCUGGUCUCGCUCACGCUCGAGACCGUCUCCCGUGAGAAGGUGACCCAGAAGUGGAUGCAGAUACUCGCGGGUCGCUGGGUCAGGUGUCUUCUGUUCAGGAGGGAGGCGAUGAUGAGCUUCGCGCACCUGUGGCGGCUCCUGGUGCGACCUCAGAACCCCGUGGGCGGGCGGGUGGCCGUGAGCGACGCGAGCCUCCAUCGAGGCGCCGUCUGCCUCGGGGUUCGCCUCCGCCCCGAGGGCGAGGCCGCCGCGCGGGCCGCCAGGAAGAGGCAGCGGAUCAGCUUCAGCGACGAGGUGGUCCUCCUCUCGCUCUUCGACGGGGUCGGCGGGGCGAGGCGGGCCUUGGAUCUGGUGGGGCUCAUCCCCGCCCUCUUCGUCGCCUCGGAGACCGACGUGGAGGCUCGGCGGGUGACCGGGUGCACCUGGCCCGACGUCCUCGAGGUCAGGGGCGCGCGCACCUUCGGCUACGCGGAGGCCGUCGCGAUCCGCGACAGGGCGUCGCACGCGAAUUGGGCCCUCCUUGUGGCCGGCCCGGCCGGCAGCCCGUGCGCGGACCUCGCCGGGAUCAACGUGCAGCGGGUCGGGCGCGUCAGGGACUUGCUGCUUGAGGUGCUCGGGCAGUGGUGCUCCGUCUUCGAGCUGGUUGAGAACGUGGCCUCCAUGGACGUGGAGCCAAGGGAGCUGAUGACCGAGCACUUGGGCUUCCCCCCCAUCCGCGUCGACGCCGCGGAUGUGAGUCACUGCCGCCGCGACCGUUUCUACUGGAUUGACCCCGCCAUGGUCUGCGCUUGGCAAUGCAAGGUUCAGCAGUGCGACAGCUGCGAGCAGGUGGCGAUCCCAGGUGGCCCAGGGGAGCCCGCCCGCUGGCUGGCCCCAGGCCUGGGUUGGCAUGGUGAUGCCGACCCGACCUUUCGCUUGCCGACGUUCCUGCGAUGCGACCCCCGCCGAGCUCCAGGCCAGUUCCCCAGCGGCGUGCAUAGGUGCACUGAGGCCGAGCUCCAGAGAUGGCGGGACCACGAGUACUGCUAUGCCCCGUGCCAGUUCACGGGCGUCAACUGCAUCCAGGUUGAGGACAACUCUUUCAGCUCGCGCAAGCUCGAGCCGCGGGCCUUGGAGCAGAAGAGGUGCGCCUUGCUGGGGAACAGCUUCCAGUGCGCAACGGUGGCUUGGGUUGUGGCCCACUGGGCGGUCAAGCCGGGCUACCUGCAGCGCGCCCCAGCCAUCGCGGAGAUGCGCGAGACAGGUGGCGGCGCGACCAUCGAAGACCGAGACGUGGAGUUGAGCUCGUCCGACGCUGGCGUGGGGGCCUUGGUCAGGCAGCACGAGCUGGAGGACCUUUCGGCCGCCGCCGACCCCAGCGUGGCCAUCGUCGAGGAGAUGGCCCGCAGGGCUGAGCCCAGAGGGAGUGACAUCCGGCUCGACAUUUUCGAAGCGACGAGGCCCGACCUGUGGCCACGGCGCCUCAUCGGCGUGGGGCGCUGGUCGUGGAAGCCCGCGGUGAUAUGGCACUGGCGGCGCCCUUCGCACAUCGCGGACUUGGAGGCGCGGGCGACGCUCCAGGCGCUACGCAAGAGGUUCAGAGUGUCGCGGCACCGUCGGACCAGGGUCUUUCUGCCGCCUUAUGGACUCGCAGGCAGCGAGGCAGCAACAAAGGGCAGUGGUGGCCCACUCAGACGCGCGCUGGUGCAGCCGCGCACGAUGAUGGUCUACCUGCGUGCAGCACAACAGUUCUCAGAAUUGAGGAUGGGCCGCAACUUGUCGUGGUCGGCCGCCUCGAAUGGCACGGAGUUUCUUGACAUGCUGGUCGCAGAGUGGUUCGAGUGGCUGUGGCUCGAGGGCCACCCGCAGGGGACAGCUGGCAGCGCGCUCUCCGCCGUCCAGUCCUUCUUGCAGCGGAAGCGGAUCCUGCCAGCCUCGCGGCGCCUCUUCAAGGCUUGGCAGAGGCUGGAGCUGCCGCAGCGCGCGCCGCCGCUGCCGCGGACCGUCGUCGUCAGCGUGGCGGCGCUGGCGCGGCGCUGGCAGCGCAACGACGUGGCGGUCCUUCUGAUCAUCUCCUUCGCCGCCUUCCUCAGGACCUCUGAGGCCUUGACCCUGCGCCGCUGGCAG